AUGAACCUUCUGGUAUUCUUCGCCUUGGUCAUAACGGCUUCUGCCGAACAUCUUCUUCCCAAGAAAUCAGUUGCAAUUGACAAGAAUUCAGUUCUUGUUCUUUUCGGAACUCGUCAUGGGAACCGUCAUCCGGAAGUCUUUCUUCAAGAAAAUCCAAGAAGUUGGGGACACGAAGGAAACACCGAAUUGACUUCUUUCGGAAAGCGUCAAGGACUCGGAUUGGGAAAGGAAUUGAGAAGCUUUAUCGGAAAUUUGAUCUCUCGUAACUACAAUUCUUCACAAGUCAAAUACUAUUCCAGCUCUGCCAACAGAUGUCAAAUGACUCUUCAAACAGUCACUGCUGCUCUUCAUGAUCCAGAACAAUGGGGAGAUUGGGACAAAAAAUGGUACGAUCACUGGUCUCCAGUUCCAUAUGCCAUUGACGAUCCACUUCUGAGAAUGUAUGCUGUCAAGGAAUGCAAGGGAAAUGACAAAGUUUGGGGACCAAUCGACAAGGACUCUCUUCCAACUCUCAAAAAACUGAAGACAUCCAAUACCGCCGAGUUGAAAUAUUUCGCUGAUAACACCAAAUGGAACAUGGAAAAUCUUGGAAAAGCUGCUGAUUUGGCUGAUAAUUUGAUUGAAAUUGAUCUCUACAAAGCGGAAUACCCAUCAUGGAUCAAAUCUCCAAAGUUGAAAGGAUAUACAUUCGAGAAGCUGAAGGCAAAGAUUCUGGAAUUCGCUGAGGUUCAUCAGAACGCUUGUGCUGAAUACGGUCCAUGCGGAAACUUGAUGGCUGGAUACUGGCUUCAGAAUGUACUUGAGAAGUUGGCUGAUGCUAAUUCAGGAAAGGGACCACAAGUUAUUGGAUAUGCAUCCCACACUGAAAUCACUCUUUCUGUCAUGAAGUUGAUGGGAUACGAGAAGGAUGAAUUGACUACAUCUGCUGGAUUCGUUGUUGAAUUCAAACGUCUUCCAAAACCAGCCGUCCGUCUUUUGAAUCACGAUCCUAACCCAGUUGAUGACCAUGUUAUCUAUCCAGCUGAACUAACACCAAAACUCAAGAAAUUGGCUGAUAAGGAUGGAUUCAUCCCACUGGAUCAGUUCAACUCUUAUGCCAAGCAAUUCGCUUUCUCCGAUUGGAAGGCUCAAUGCGACAAGGCAUAA